AAUGAUACACCACAAAACCACCGUUAGGCUGUGGAAGUACCGCCAAGAGGCUCGUAAAGCGAAUUUAUAUGACCAUUGACCACUAAUAUAUAGGUUCAAACGGUUCGGACCGUUUAGUCACUGACAUUUUGAAGUUUGGUGAGUACUUGUCAAAGGCAUGUUCAAGGGUUGAUUUUGUCCCAUGGAACUUUUUGUAGGUCGCCUCAUGUUGUCGAUGGCAUGUCAUUCUAAACACGGACCGUAUUAUUGAAACCCAUUGUCAACCAUGGUGUCACCCAGCUGUAGUAUAAGUACAGGACGUGUAAGAACCGAGGAAAUUUCUGCUUAGUACAGACCACCUUUUCAGUGUCGUCUACUAUGCUGCUGCUCCUCGCGGUCGCAUCCUUUACACUCCUUUCUUCCGCUCAUGCGUCUGCAUCCAAGGUCGCUGGUGCGUGGUAUGCUGGCUGGCAUGCUACUAACGGAUACCCGUUGUCUGAGGUUAGUUGGGACAAGUACAACACGAUGUACUAUUCUUUUGCGUCGACCACUUCAGAUGUGAACAGUCUAUCGCUACAAGAUUCAGAUGGCUCGGUGCUUCCACAAUUUGUGUCAGAAGCACAUGCACACGGUGUUAAAGCCCAUAUUGCCAUUGGAGGUUGGGGUGGUAGCGUCUACUUUUCUUCCGACGUCGCGACAGCGAAGAACCGCACUGCAUUCGUCAACACGGUGAUAGACUUUGUCGAAGAGUAUGAUCUAGAUGGUGUCAACUUCGACUGGGAGUAUCCAAAUAAACAAGGCAUUGGCUGUAAUAUUGUCAACUCUGAUGACACCGCAAACUUUCUCUCCUUUCUCCAAGAACUUCGCGAAGACUGUUCUAAUAUCACCAUCUCGGCAGCGGUGUCUGUCACACCAUUCCGUGAUUCCAAUGGCAAUCCGUCGACUGACGUCUCCGCCUUUGCAAAGGUUCUUGACUACAUUGCUAUCAUGGACUAUGAUAUAUGGGGUUCAUGGUCCACUGCCGUUGGCCCCAACGCCCCUCUCAAUGAUACCUGUGCGAAGUCGUCUGAGCAACAAGGCUCAGCUGUUUCCGCAGUGAAAGCCUGGUCUAAUGCAGGCAUGCCCGUUGACCAGAUUGUCCUAGGUGUUCCAUCGUACGGACACUCUUUCAGUGUCAAGCCCUCUGAUGCGUUCGUGUCGGGGACGACGACACUAGCUGCUUACCCCGCCUUCGAUGCAUCUAAUCAGCCCGCAGGAGAUGCAUGGGAUGCCACCGGAAGCGUGGAUGCCUGUGGUAAUUACGAAGGAUCCGGAGGUACCUUUAAUUUAUGGGGACUGGUCGACGGUGGCUUCCUCAACUCGGAAGGUACGACUGCCGAUGGUAUCUACUAUCGAUUUGACUCGUGCAGCCAAACGCCCUACGUUUACAAUGAAACGUCCGAGGUCAUGAUUUCGUACGACAACGCUGAGUCGUUCACAGCCAAGGGCACAUUCAUCAAAAAUACUGGCCUGCUGGGGUACGCUAUGUGGCAGGCGGGUGGGGACUACAACAAUAUCCUCAUCGAUGCCAUCAAUAGCGCUGUGUAGACUUGUCUGCUCCGUUGCAUAAGUAUACCCAUAUAUUCACGUUAUAGAUCAUCCUCUUGUUGUCUUCUGCCAUGUCAUAGUUACCCUACAUAUACUAAAAGUGUCAUUUUCAAGCGCCAAGAUACCACAAGUGACAUUCCGAGUCGGGGAAGAACUAGCUAGUCUCCCCUAGACAGACCUAUAUAGACAAAGGAAGACAGCCAUUCCUUCUGAUAAAGGGGAAGAACCCCCGCAUAGGGUCUUUUUUUUUUCAACAUCCUGC